ACAAACGGUUGUCUAUUUUUCGGGGAGAAGCGCACCGAUAUUUUGCCUCUGAUGAGAUAUAAUGUUCCUUGCUUACAUAACUGUUCCAGGACGAGUCACCGGAUAUCAAAGAUGAUUGAGAGCAGAAUCGUACGGGACUUUUCGUUUUUAUUCCCGGAACGGUUUGUCCAAAUCAAUCGAUCAAACUUUUUUCUUCUCACCAAUCCUAAAAAAAGCAACGCCCUAAGCGAUUGAAGAAAUAAUAUAUCAUUCGAAAGAAUUUUCAACAAUGAAAUUUAAAAAAAAAAAGAUGUUACCAUCGGUGGAAAGUAGUGCUGCCACCUGUAGGGACAUAUGAAAUUAUUUGAUGCACCAAGUGACAUGCAUACACCUACACAUGGAAGAGGACUUUAGUCGUUGAAUUACAGAAUAUUAAAUUAGUUGUGUGUAGUAUGAGAGUACAACUGUCACACUGUCUUAGAAAACAUGGGAGAUAAAGAGCAUCACGUACACUUUAGUGGGGGAAGCGGUCUCGGGAAAGACAACAAUAUUAUGAUACAACCACAACGACAUGGACAAAUAGAUGCUCAUCUUGGAUUUUUACAACUUAAUCACAGAUACCACGUAGAAUUCUCGAUUCCUUGGAACCCAUGUACACACAAAGGUGGACAGAAUAAUCCCCCAGCAAUAACGACCGGACGUCAUAAUCCUAAUAGUCAUAUCAUUGAUUUGAAACAGGAAAAAGAUGGCCUAAAGUUAAAAAUAGAGCUGCUAGCAUAUAAGGAAAAAAUUUUAAAGCAGGAAGUGCAGGUAAUGUGUUGCAAGGAAGGAACCCCGUUGCAGAUUCAGUUGAACGCCCGCGUUUUAGGAAAAGACAAGGGUACACCGCUGCUGAGGAAUGGAAUACACAACGUUGGAGUGGACAAAGCAAACAUGGAUGAGGUGAGGGGUGGAAAAUCAAGAACGAUUUCGGAUAAAACACAAUAGCAGGGAAUAAACGCAAAUCACGAGAACGUUCCUUAUUUCGAACUUAAAUCGUGCGAUUAGCCGGAUUUUUGCAAUGAUUCGUGAUCGUUGCAGUCAAUUAGCAAUGAUUCGUGAUCGUUGUUUUUAGUUAUAAGAGAUCGUAUGUGCACCCGUUACAUUAAUAUAGAAUUAAUCUUAACUUAAAUGCACGAUGUAACUUUCGAAAUAUGCAAUGUUCAGUAAAAUGCUGCUUUCGGCCUGAUUUCACAGGCCUACAAGACAACUGCAAGACUCCGUAUCUUCUCUCGCGUCGACGAUCUUACAACGACGAACUCGACGUGAGAAUUUAAGUGUUCUUUUAAUCAGCCUUCUUAAAGGAUCACAUCGAGAUAUGUAAUUAACAAGUAAUCGCUAAAUACCGCAUUUGCCUACUGUUUCUUCUUAAACGAGAACGUAUCACGCAAUGCCUAUAUCAAAGUCUAUUACACCUUUGAGCGUCUAUCAUUAAUCUAUCUGUAAUAACGAAAUUGUAUUUUAUGAUCGUUUUACAUCGAGUAUAAACUUAUCACGAGAAAGAUAUCAUUAAUCAAAAGUGAACUUUACGAUUGACGACGCUGUUUUCUAAUCCUUUGCUGAACUGACACAACCUAUUAAAAUAAAUAACUUCAACAAUGUAAAA